AUGGUGUUGGACUGGGCCAGCUCGGGCAGCGGAGAGUGCACCAUCACCCUGCAAGACGCCCAGCAGCUCGCGGUCGACGCGGGGUUCACUCCAAGCCGGUGGCAGGUGCAGCAGCACGAGGAGGAGAUCUAUGUUGGAGAGGUGCUGGAUGGCAAGCGCCAAGGAAUGGGCAUUCUGCUGGGCAAGGGGGGCCACUCCUGGCUGCUCUAUGUUGGCCAGUUCUCAAAGGGCAGGCGCAGCGGGCUGGGCGUAGCGGCAUCGUCCCGUGGCGAGCGCCUAGCGGGGCAUUGGCAUGAGGAUGUGCCCUGGGGGCCUGGGGUCUACACUUACGCCCAACCGGCCUCGCCAGGUGGUAGCCACGGCGAAACGGGCGGCGCAGCCAGCAGCAGCGGAGCAGCAGCGGGCGCAAGGUGGCGGUUGCGGUUUGAGGGCAUUCUAAACGGCCGGCCACAGGGCAAGGGCUGCAUGACAUGGAGCGACGGCAGCCAGGAGAUGGGCAGAUUUGACGGCAACAAUUGCUCCCAAGCGCUUGAUGAGGCCGACGACAUCAGCAGGGUGCUGGCGGUGGCUGCCGAAAAUGCACGGAGCGCUCGUGCCGCGGCGGAGGCGGCACAGGAGGCUGCGCUGCAGCAGGAGCUGCACGUAAUGCGGCAGGCACAGCAGCUUCUGGACAGGAUUGCGCUGUUCCCCAAAGAGCAAAUGUAA